AUGUCAUCCACGACUGUUCACACCUUGGAGGUAGCAGGUUUGAGUAGUCUUUACUCUUUCAGUGUUGACUGUGGAGUUGCCCCGGAUGCUAGACUGCCAGGGGUAAUCCUAGAGAGGGGUGAGAAACGGCCAUUGUUCUCGAUCGUCAGUGAGGCUAACCAUUUUUAUGACGCCUAUGCAGUCGUCGAAUGGGACGACAAAACCAUAUCUGGCAUGAAGACCUCUGAAUUAACUUCAAAUGAAAAGAUCCAACGGGGCGUGCGUGUUUCAUACGAAUUUGAAGAUUCUGGGAAGUCAGAAGGAACAGUUUUAGCCACAACCAAUUCCAUACAUGCGCACAUGGCUAAGGUGCGCAAUUACACUGGCACAAACAAUUCACUUAUUUCGAUUGGAGACAGCGAAGAUAGCGAGGUAGAUACAGCAGAGACCGCAACUGAUACUGAGACAGAGACAGACUCGGAGUCUGAGAGUGGUCAGCAUGGACCCUUGCUGGCACUUGGUGAAGCAGGAGCGAAUGACGGACAAGAGCAACCAGCGCCCGUAUUGCUUUGCGACUGCAGAGGGGCACUAGUUAAAAUUAUGGAUAAGUUAGAGGAAUUGGACAAGAAAAUGGACGCAAUACAAGAACUCGUGAAAGACAAAUUAAUAGAGCCCGGAGCCUGCCCCAGCCCCCUUUCCACCCCCACCUCCCCCCACACCCUUCAACGCCCCAAAUGGUCCACCCCCUGCCCAUUCCAACUCCUUCCACCCCCGUCCCACUCUUACUUCCAAUCCCCGUCCCACUCCUACUCCUUCCACGCUCCGCCCCACUCCAACUCCUUCCACCCCCGUCCCACUACUAUCACCCCCCUGCCCUCUCUUAUUCGCCCCAGCCCCCUGCCCUCUCCAAUUCCUCCCAGCCCUCUGCCCUCUCCAAUUCUUCCCAGCUCCCUGCCCUCUCCAAUUCCUCCCAGCCCCCUGCCCUCUCCAAUUCCUCCCAGCCCCUGCCCUCUCCAAUUACUUCCACCCCCCUGCCCUCUCCAGUUCCUCCCACCCCCCUGA